AUGGCACCAAUCCAACCAAUCGUAGACCCAGGGCUGCAGGAUUUCUACGAUUUGACGCCCCCUAGAAGGCUGGGUCGAGGAAGACACGCGAUUGUGGUUGAGUGUCGCAGUCGAAACGAUCGAGUGUACGCUAUGAAGCUCUUCAAAGAUGACAGCCGGGACAGGAUAGCUCGCGAGAUCGAAAUCCUGCGACAUUUGAGAUCCGGUCCAAAUAUAGUGCAGAUCGUGGAUGUUGUGCAAGGAGAAGAGGGAGCCGACAUCGGUAUAGUCCUUGAGUAUAUCGAGAACAUAGACUACCGGACCCUUUACCCUCGAUUUACUAAUUCAGACAUUCGCUACUACACAAAGGAGCUUCUAAAAGCAUUGGAAUUUGCACACGACCUGGGUGUAAUGCAUCGCGAUCUUCGACUCAUAGGGUGGAGCUCGGCCGAGUUCUACGAGCCGGGGGCUGAGUAUGACUGCUGCGUAGGUUUCUACAAGCCACCUGAAAUCCUUUUGAGUCACGAGAAAUAUGAUUGCAGUGUUGAUAUGUGGUGUCUGGGUAGUAUGCUAGCUUCAAUGAUUUUCAGGAAAGAUCCCUUUUUUCAUGGCAGCAGCCUCCUCGACCAGUUGGUCAGAAUCUCCAAGGUUCUUGGAACAGAAAAGCUCUAUCGUUUGGCUGAACAGCUCGAAAUUGUGAUAGAACAGGAAGAAUAUGAAGCUCUUGGUCAUCGUGAAGAGAAGCCUUGGGUCAGUUUUGUUGAUAGUGGUAACGAGCAUUUAGCAACAAGAGAAGGUAUGAAUCUUGUCGACCGGUUGCUACGAUUCGACCCAAGGGAUUAG